AUGCCCUUCCAUAUCACUAGCCGAACUUCAGAACCGGCGUUUCUAGCUCUGGCUCCGCUGGUGCCAGCGGUUCCGGAUCCGACCUUCAGCACAAGCAUCAGUUUCUCUUUCCCGGGCGCAACUGGCUCGGUUAGCGGAUCAGCAUCGGCCCAGGCAGAAGCCUCCGCUCAAGCUGAAGCCUCCGCUCACGCUGAAGCCUCUGCCGCUGCUAGUGCGAGCGCCAACGCAUCUGCAAGCGCCAACUCCCAUGGAUAUGCUUCCGCGGACGCCUCCGCAAAUGCGUCAGCCAAUUCUUACGUCUAA